UGAUUUUAUUCUAAUGCUUUUUUUUUAUAUAAAAAAGAAAUUUAUUUACUAUGGAAAGAAUUGAGAUAAAAUUAUUGAACGGUCCGUUGUCAAGCAAACAGUUACAUUCAUAUACAUAUAUAUAUAUAUAAAUGUUGAAACUUUCAGGACUGCAUUCCUGUAAACAUUCGAGAAAUUCUAUUUAAGUGUUUUCAACAAUUUACAAUUAAAUACAAAACGAACAUGUCAUAUUUGGAUAAAUAUUUAAUCUAUUAUGUUUCAUCGUACGAUUGAUUUUUUUUAUUUGUAAAAAAUUGAUGAUAGCUUAUAAAAAAUGUUGUGCUCAGUGUCCAGGCGUGAUAGACGUUCCGAAAAAUAAGAGAAUCCACGAAUGUUGUUUGCCCAAAUACGUGUCAGGUAAUUUGAAAAUUUCAUCUAUUAAAAAAAUAAUGAAUGAUUAUUCUAAAAAUCGACGAAACCGUAAAAUAGAAUUAAAUGAAAGUUACCAAGAACUACCACAUAGCUAUAAUAGAUUUGCUAUGGCAAAAAAGCUACAUGCAGAGAAUUUAAUGCAUCAGCCGCUUCCUGACAAAGUAAACGACGACGUAAUGAAGAAUUUCAAGCUAAAGGAAUCUUUUCAUUUGCCAUUGUUAAAUGAACGAUGUAAAAAUAGCAGAUGUACGAAUAACGGUUGCAACAAAAUAGAAUCCAAAUAUUAUUGCGAUUCUGUAUUAGGCUACAAAAAACCAGAAACAAAAAUGGAUUUAGCUAUUUGUUGGCAAACUCCAGUGGAUCCAAUUUAUGAGCCACCGAGACCAACUCACAUCGAUGGAUCAGAAGGUGGAGCUGCACCGGCAAUUUUUGAACUCGUACAAGGUGUUCCAAAAUCGAAACGGGAUCAUUUGCGUUCACAUAACGACAGUAAGUAUCGUGAAGUUUAUCAAACAGAUCUCUUAAAAAAAGAUGAAGAUAAACUAUUAGAUAAUAAUUUACAAGAAAACCAAAACAAUCGGAAGCAUCGUUGCAAAUGCACGAAUUUUAUGAACGAACAAAAAUCAACUUUACGGGAACGUUCUAAAUCGCAAUAUUCUAUUAGGAAUGGUGAAAUUUGUGAAAAUAAAAAAGAAAAUGAUCCCAGAUUAAUCAGAUCAUCUGUAGGAAUAGCUUUGGGUAUGGAAUCGAUUAAUAAACGAUUACUACAAAAGGUAGAUGUACCACGACCAAAAACACCAUUUGCUAAAAGAUCCUUUAGUAUAGAAACUUUAUCUCCACCUUUUAGCGUCGUAAAUGGCACUAGAGAUACUGAUUAUCCGGAACAUUGGAGACUUAUGACGGUUUAUCAACAAUCUUAUAAAAAUCCUCGAAAGUAUAAAGGUUUUUUUCACUACUAAGUACAGUAAUUAUUUAAAUAAUUAUAGAAAAUUUCCAUUAAUAUGGAAAUUAGUUUUUCCCUAUAUUCGAAAGUAAUAAUAAUAUAAAAACUAAAUAUUAGAAUUUUAUUUAACCGUAAAUUAAAUUAAAUA